GGCGUCGCACUUUGUGACUUGACUUUGAAUUAAUUUAAACAAUUAAUGUUUUAUUUUUGGUUGAUUGUGGCGUUAAAGCUUUAAACGUUUCAAACGUGUUGCAAGCUAGACGCACAAUGGAAACAACGUGCAUACGCUCUUUGUAUUUGAUUAGGCACGUACUUGGGCCUUCAGCUCUUGAUCAACUGCUUGGAUCAACUCUUCAUUAGUUGAUUAGCAAAUUAGACGACAUGGAUGUGCAAGCUGGACGCACUGUACCGGAUGGUGGCUGGGGUUGGGUUGUAGUUGCCGCCGUGGCUGUGAUUAAUAUGACCAACCAGUCCAUACUAUCAGUAUUUGGACUACUGUUCGAGGGUCAAUUGCGCAUGCACGAGGACACCUUUACGGCUGCCCUUAUAACAAAUCUGAAUAGUUUGGCUCUAAACUUUUCGGGCUUGUUCAUUGGGCCGGCCAUUAAGAGCUUUAAGCCAAGGAAUGUGGCUGCCACGGGUUGCUUGUUGGUUUCCAUUGGCUUGACUCUGUGCUCGUUUGCCACACAGAGUUGGCACUACAUUGUAGGCUAUAGUUUCUUUGUCGGCUUUGGAUUGGGCUUGAUAUCGCCAUCCACCUUCAUGGCCAUCAACUCCUACUUCAGCAGUAAGCGGGGACGUGCCGUUGGCGUCUCCUUGGCGGGCGCUGGCGUAGGCCAAGUUUUCAUUCCUCACAUGGUGCGAUAUUUCCUAGAGAAUUAUGGCUUCCGCACUGCUGUGCUUGCCAUGGCUGCUCUCUCACUGACUGGGUUGCUUGGUGCCAUUUUCCUACGUCCACUUAAUCCCUUCGUCAGUCACAAUAAUCGCAAGCAUCUGACACUUAUUGUGGAUAAGGAGGUCAAGAAGCAGAGCAACGAUUUGCAAGCAAUCAUUGUGCAGCCGACACAGAAUAAGCCAGUAGAAUUAAAGGAAGACGGCUCAUUGUGCAGCAAAAUGGGCCAUCGUUUGGCCCAGGCCAUGGACUUGGAACUGCUCAAGGACACAGUAUUCUGGAGCAUCAUUGUGGGCAUGGCUCUGGUCUACACAGCAACGAUCAACUUUACACUCGUCUUCCCCAAUUUUCUGAAGCACACCGCUGGCUUUGACAGCCAAGCGGUGGCUACAUGCAUGUCAGUUGUGGCUGGUGCCGAUAUCGUCUUCCGCCUGCUCCUGCCCUGUAUCACUGACCGACUGAGAAUACCCUAUCGUGUUGUCUUUCUGAUGGGCAUAAUUGGUUUACUGAUUGCCCGUCUGCUGCUCGCUCAGACGACCAGCUUGCCAGUCAUAAUUGCCAUGUCCGUGCAAGUGGGCAUGACCAAGUCGGCCACCGUGAUCAACAACAAUCUGACUAUAUCGGCAUAUUGUCGGUCCGAGAAACUAGCUGGCGGCCUGGGACUCAGCAUGAUAUCCAAGGGCAUAAUUGUGAUCAUUGUUGGCCAGCUUCUUGGCUGGGUACGCGAUUAUUCCAACUCUUACGUCGUCUGUUUGUAUGCUCAAAGCGUGGUGCUGCUUUUAGUCGUGGUUGUGUGGACGCCAGAGAUCUAUUAUCGCUACAGAAAGCAGCGGCACCACACAUCCAAAUCCAUGGAGACCACCUAUAUGCAAGCCGAGCAGGGAGAGCCUCUGAAUUCUCGCGCAUAAGCCGGAAAAUUUGUAUUGAUAUUUAUUUUAAGGAUGUGAUACCCACGCGUUGUGACUAUUGGAGCUAUUUUUCGUCGUAUACGUAUAUCUAUUUAGUUUAAGCUAUUAUCUCGACUUAUUUAUUAUCAUUUAGUGCGUAAGAAACUUGACUUUUGUACGGCUUUUCAUCCCGCAUAUACACAAAUGAAAAAUAUAAAAU